AUGAAAUCCGUUGCUUUAUGGGGUGAAAAACCUGCAGAAGAAGAUGGAGAAGAGCAAUCAGUCAAUGCUCUUUGUUUUAAUCCGGAUGGAUCUCAAUUGUUAGCAGCUGUUGGAGCAAGAAUACUUGUUUAUGAUACUGCUGAAGGAAUUUUAAGAAGUGCUCUUAGCGGACAUGGCGAUGUAGUAAAUACACUCUCUUAUGCAACAGAUGGCACUCGUUUUGCAUCAGGUGGUGCUGAUAAAUUAGUUGUGAUAUGGACACAUGAAUUACAAGGAAUGUUAAAAUAUGCACAUGAUUCUUCUGUUCAAUGUGUUACUUAUCAUCCGACAUCACAUUUACUUGCUAGUUGUUCAAAUGCUGAUUUCGGUCUUUGGUCACCAGAACAAAAAAAUGUCACAAAAACUAAGCUGACUGGUCGAAUAACUUGUUGUGCAUGGAGUGCAGAUGGACAAUUACUUGCAUUUGGAUUAUAUAAUGGACAAGUACAUAUUCGAGAUAAGGAGGGAAAUGAAAAACUAAAAUUUGACCGAUCUGACGCAGUAAAUUCUCCUGUAUGGAAUGUUUCAUGGUGUCCCACAAGAGAUGACGAACUUCUUCUAGCUGCGGUGGAUUGGGGUCAAAAACUGACUUUAUAUCAAGCAACAGGUGCUAAACAAACUGGAAAAGAACGUAAACUUGGUUUCGAUCCAUGUUCAGUUAAUUGGCUUGUAAAAGAUCAAUAUAAACAAGAAUCGCACGCCGAAUAUAUAAUUAUUGGUGGUUCUAACAAAGAAUGUACUAUAUACAGUCGUGAAGGCUUUAAACUAGGUACUGUAUGCACACAAGAUGCAUGGGUUUGGUGUUGUUGUGCAAAACCCGACGGAUCAGCUGUGGCUAUUGGUACGACUAAUGGAUUUAUUGGAAUGUAUGAUGUUAAAUUUGGUGUAGUACACGGAAUACAUAAAGAUCGUUAUGCGUAUCGAGAUAAUAUGACAGAUGUUAUAGUUCAUCAUCUAACAACUGAUCAAAAAGUGAAAGUCAAAUGUCGAGAACUAGUUCGUAAAAUUGCAACUUAUAAGACAACACUUGCGAUUCAAACACUUGACAAAAUUCUAAUCUAUGAAGCACCUGGUGAUGUUCCACAUGAUAUGAAAUAUAAAACAACGUUUAAGAUCAAUAAAAAUAUUGAAUGUAGUUCAAUGAUUGUUACAUCAUCGUAUAUUAUAACAUGUCAAGAUAAACGUUUACACUGUUUUAAUUUUUCUGGUGAAGAAAUACGCGUUUGGCAAAUGGAUAGUCCUAUACGUUAUUUAAAAUUAGUAGGAGGUCCAUCGGAUUAUGAAUCUGUUUUAAUUGGACUAAAAAAUGGCGGUGUCUAUCAAGUAUUUGUCAAUAAUCCAUUUCCUCAAUUCUUAGCUAAACAAGCUGGUGUUAUCUAUUGUGUUGAUAUGAAUGUAAAUCGUACUAAAGUCGCGAUUAUCGAUGAUUCAUUAACACUCUAUGUUUACAAUGUUCGAACGAAAGAAUUACUUUAUCAAGAAUCGAAUGCACAAACAGUUGCUUGGAAUAUUUAUUUUCCUGAUAUGCUCGCAUUUUCCGGAGAUGGCCGUAUUAAUAUAAAAGUAGCAGAUUUUCCAGUCUAUCGACAAAAUUAUCAAGGUCUUAUUGUUGGCUUCAAUGGUUGUACGAUCUAUUUGUUACAUUUAUUUGCCAUGAGUGGUAUAACUGUGCCUGUGACUGAUGCUGUUUAUCGUUAUAUCGGAAAGAAACAACUCGAUAAUGCAUAUCGAUUAGCGUGUUUAGGUGAAACCAGUAAAACAUGGGAAACAGUAGGACAUGCUUGUUUAGAGCAAAGUCAAUUUAAUUUAGCAAAAAAAUGCUUUAGUCGUAUAAGAGACAUUAAAUAUUUGAAUUUAUUAUCAAAUUAUGAAGAUGCGACAAAACGUGGUGAAAGUAAAAUGAAUAUUUAUCUGGGAGAUUAUUACGCAUAUAAUGGUCGAUUUCAAGAUGCAGCAAGAAAUUAUCAGCAUGGCGGAGCACCAGAACGAGCCAUGACUAUGUUUUCUGAUCUACGAAUGUUUGAUCAAGCUAAAGAAUAUAUGGUUGCAGGCGAUAUGGAUCAGCAGAAAUUAUUAAAUAAACAAGCUGAAUGGGCAAUAACAAUGAAUGAACAAAGGCGUGCUGCGGAGUUAUAUAUUGCUGCAAAUGAUUUUCAAAAAGCUAUUGAUUUAGCUGGCAAGAAUAAAUGGGCUGAUCUAUUAGCAUCAAUCACAAGUAAAUUAGAUAAAGCUCAAGUUGAUCUUCUGCGACGUUGUGCGCGUUAUUUUGUUGAAAUGAAACAAUACACCUAUGCUGCUGAUGUCUAUGAAAAAAUGGGCGAUAUUAAAUCUCUACUCGAUAUGCGUAUUAUUCUUUCGCAAUGGGACGAAGUAUUUGUCUUAGUGCGUCGUUAUCCAACAUAUGCAUCUGAUGCAUAUUAUAAUUAUGGUCAAUAUUUAGCGGAACACGAUCGUUUUGUUGAUGCUCAGCGUGCGUUUCAUAAAGCCGGUCGUGUUAAUGAAGCACGAAAUGUGUUACAAGCCUUGACAAAUAAUGCCGUCAAUGAAACACGUUUCAAUGAUGCUGGAUAUUAUAAUUGGCUAUUAUCAAAAGAAUAUUUAACUGCAUUAAGUGAAACAUUAAAUGAUGAUUUACGCGCUGAUCUAUUUAAACGUUAUCAUCGUUGUUCAUUAUUAGCUGACCUUUAUUAUGCAUACCAAUACAUAUAUGAAUAUACAACUGAGCCAUUUGUUGAUACGCCACCUCUUAUAUUAUUUAAUAUCGCUCGUUUUAUAUAUCAUAAAUUAGCCAAUUUAGCGGGUGAUAUUCCGCCGGCAUUGUCAAAAUUUCGUACAUGUUAUGCUGCAUGUAAAAUAGCAAAGAUUUUAAAUGCAAAUAAAUUUAGUCGGCAAAUGAUUUAUUUAAUGCGUGAUUUAACAUUUACGCAUAAUUUAGGUAAUAAACGGAUCGAAAUCGAACAAUUAGCAUUAGAAAUGGAAGCGCGGACAUUUACCGACGAUCAUGAUUUAUUGCCUUUAUGUUAUCGUUGUUCGCAUCAUAAUGAAUUAUUAAACGCACGCGGAAAUGAAUGUUCAAGUUGCGGAAGUCCAUUUGUACUUUCAUUUCUUUCAUUCGAUGUCCUUCCUUUGGUUGAAUUUAUUUUACCAUCAGAUAUAAACGAUGAAGAUGCUUUAACUCUUCUCGAACAAGUACCUAAUAGUCAAUUGGAAAGCUCGACACCAUCAGCAAGAACGAAUCAAUCCACAAUGAACCGGCUCGUUAUAACCGAACAAGGAAAUGCAGCACGUGCUGAAGACAAAGAUCCAUUUCUUAAAAAAAUGAGUAAAUAUAGUUCAAAUCCAGAUGAAUAUCGGCCUGUUGUCGUCGAUCGUGCUUUACUCAAAGCAAUGGAUCCAUCCCUUGUGUUUAUAUGCAAAUGGUCAUUUCCAUUAAGAUGGAAAUGGUAUCGUAUUAUAGUACCGGAACAACCUGUUGGCCGAUGCAGACAUUGUAAUAAGUUUUAUCAUAAUGAUGAAUUUGAAUUGGCUUUAUUAGAACAAGGCGGUUGUCCAUUCUGUCGCAAUAAAAAAGAUACUGAUUUGACAGAAAUUGUAUCGGGAAAUUUAAUAUCGAAUUUCACGAUUAUAUCACCACGUAUUGAGGGUUGUUUAGUAUUGGGCAGACCAUCACCGGUUAGUCGUUUUUCAGUUGUUGGCUUUAUUACAUCAUUCGAUUGGAGUUUCCGCACACGAGAUGGAUCGAGUGUUGGAACAUUGAUUAUCGUUCCACAUAAAGCCUGUAAAGUAAAAAAACAAAAACAUUAUAUAUAUAUAUUCUAA